AUGACAUCAAUCGCAUCUCAGCAAUCCAAACCCAGCCACAGCGACGAAGCUUCCCUUCCCCUCCAUUCCAAACCCACCUCUGACUCCACAGCCUCUCACCUCGCCGAGAUCAUCGAAGUAUCUAUCCCUGACGGGCGUCGCAAUUCUGGCGGGGAAACCCUGCCAUCUUCAGUCGAUACCUGGAAACCCAAUCUUGAUAGACGUCAAAGUUGGAAUCAUCAGGAUCUUAAGAGACUACAUGUGGAAGAGGGAUUGAAGAAGGAGGAUUGGGAUAAUGAUGCUGGAGCAGAGGCCUUGGGAUAUAGUUACGAGGGAGGUGAGGAGGGGAAGAAGUGA